CUCUCUCUGUCUCUGUCUCUCUCUCUGUCUCUGUCAUGCCUGCGUCUCAUGUUUGCAAAAUGCGUUCAGAGUCCAGCACUCUGCUUGAUUUUCAGAAGUUGGAUUCACUGUUGGAGGAAAUAACAAAAUAUUCAGCCUUGGUUCAAAGUGAGGAGGAUGACUUGUCCAUUCCUGACUCCACCCAGCCCUCUCAAGGUUCCGCACUGACUCAUCACGUCCUACCCAGCGCCACCCCCUGGCCAAUCAGCAUGGGGGAUGGUCUGGAGACCACGCCCCUCUCCCUCAGGCCUCCAGUCCUGGACACCAUCCACCCGACCCGCCCCCCUAGGCAGACCAAUCAGCUGCAGUAUCUACUGAAGGGGGUGGUGAAGACGCUAUGGAAGCACCAGUUUGCAUGGCCCUUCCAGGCCCCCGUAGAUGCCAUGAAGCUCAACAUUCCGGACUACUACAAGAUCAUUAAGAACCCCAUGGACAUGGGCACCAUUAAGAGGCGUUUGGAGAACGGCUACUACUACAACGCCCAAGAGUGCAUCCAGGACUUCAACACCAUGUUUACCAACUGCUACAUCUACAACAAGCCCGGUGAUGAUAUUGUCUUGAUGGCCGAGGCACUGGAGAAGGCUUUCCUGCAGAAAAUCUCCGACAUGCCUCAGGAGGAAAUAGAGAUCACCGUGGCAACCAAGAGGCCCGGCAGGAAGAGAGACCCAGGUCCCCCUCCACUGCCCCUGGGCCCCAGCAUGAUGGCCCCGUCCCUGGGCCCGUCCCUGGGGCCCUCCAUGGCCCCGUCCCUCAUCCCCGCCCUGCCUCCGUCGCUGGCGCCCCGCCCCUGACCCCUGCCUUGCUGGGCCCUGUGGGCAUGCCCCCCUCCUCCUCCUCCUCCUCUUCCUCCUCCUCCUCUUCGUCCUCGUCCUCCUCCAUGGCGCCCGUCCUGGGGCCCGCCAUCAUGGCGCCGGUGCUGGAGGCCGUCCUACCAGCUGGGGCCCGCAGGACUGCCUGGCCCAGGCCCUGACCUCCGU